AUGGUACUUGUAAUAAAUACUCAUGCAGAUCCAUCACCACAAGGCUAUUGGAAAUCUGUUUUGCCAAACACGCGCAUGCCAAAAGCUGUCACCGAUCUACUACAUCCUGCUGAAUGUAUUGAACAGAAAUGCACCUUAGCUACGACUGACAAGGGAAAUAUGGGUGACGAAAAGGUUAAGCCAGGUGACGUGAACGACGUGGUUGUGGGACAGAAUGGGGUCGGGGUGAAGACAGAAAGAUCAGGCAAACGAACAACCGUGGGAGUUGGAAAAGGUGGUAUCAUAGUCAACACAAUUCACAAGGGAAAACCAGUAUUCGUUGGUGUUAAACCUGGCCCGUCGCCAUUUGUAUACUUUUAUGGUGCGACGGCUGAUCAACUGCUAGACAAUCCUAAUCACGCUCUAUUCUUCCUCGAAAAGGACUUGAAUAAAGGAAGCAAUAUGACGCUGCAUUUCAUGAAAAAAACAUCAAACGAGUCGGUUUCUAGCAGCUUCUUGCCUCGCAAAGUCGCAAACUAUAUCCCCUUUUCAUCCAGAAAGUUUCCUGAAAUAUUGAAUUACCUACUCGCCAUGAAAUCCGACUCGAUAAAUGUUGAUCUCAUGAAUCAGACAAUCAAGGAAUGUGAAGAGCCGGCAAUUAAAGGUGAAGAGAAGUAUUGUGCAACUUCUUUGGAAUCAAUGAUUGAUUUCGCCACUUCAAAGCUAGGAAAACAUGUACAAGCGUUCUCCACAGACAUAACAAGGGAAUCUAAUUCACAGGAAUUCACGAUCACUAGGGUUAAGAAAAUAGCAGACGAUUCAAAGGCCGUCCUUUGCCAUAAACAGAAUUAUGCGUACGCGGUUUUCUAUUGCCACAUGACCAACACCACAAAGGCCUACAUGGUUUUCUUGGCGGGUGCCGAUGGAGCUAAAGCUAAAGCAUAUGUUGCUUGUCACACCGAUACAUCGUCUUGGAAUCCGAAUCAUUUGGCGUUUCAAGUUCUUAAGGUUAAACCUGGGACCGUUCCAGUUUGCCAUUACCUUCCAGAGGACCAUAUCGUUUGGGUUCAAAACUAA